CAGCGUUAAUCCUGCCCGGACCGAACCCCAGCCACAACCACAGCAAAGGUCAAAGUUAGCAGCUACCAGAUUGAGAUACACCAGAGAGAGAGGGAGAGAGAGAAAGAAAGAGCAAGAGGAGGAAGAAGCAAUACCUGAAGCCUGGUGACAGACCUACGCUCAGCAGAACCUUUCUGUCAACGGCGUCUAAACAAGUAACCACAUACCUCAGAGCAUCAAAGUACAGGGAUGUCCUCCGCAGGGAUCCCGAUCCAGAAGAAAAAAAACGCCUAUUCAGCCGUUAAAGUUGACCCCAAUGAUGACUAUGCAACGCCAGGUGCAUUUGAGCUGGAGCGUCUCUUCUGGAAAGGGUCUGCGAAGUAUACACAUGUCAAUGAAGUGUGGCCGGGCAUCUACAUAGGAGACGAAGCCACUGCAUUGGACCGGUACAUGAUUGAAAAGACUGGUUUCACUCACAUAUUAAAUGCAGCUCAUGGUCGCUGGAAUGUGGACACAGGAGCUGAAUAUUACAGUGAAAUGCCUAUCGAUUACUAUGGGGUUGAGGCUGAAGAUCUGCCUCGGUUUAACCUGAGUGAAUUCUUUUAUCCAGCCGCCGCAUACAUUGAUAAAGCUCUCAGCACAGAAGGAAGUAAACUUUUGGUACAUUGUGCUAUGGGUCGAAGCAGGUCAGCCACACUUGUUCUGGCUUAUCUGAUGAUAUAUAAGAAUAUGACAGUGGUAGAUGCAAUUCAAGAAGUAAUUCAACGGAGAUGCAUUUUACCAAACCGCGGCUUCCUGAAACAACUGAGAACCCUUGAUAUACAACUGGCAAUAGAGAGAAGCAAUAGAAGGAAUGGGAUCAAAAACAAUGGUGAAGAAAAAGAAGCAUAUUAGCAAUCCGCAGACACAGUAGGACUCCUUUUAUAUGGAUUAAUUCAGUUUAAGAUGUCAAAUUUAAACUGUUUAAAUUUAAUUUAAUUAAUUUCUGCCACAAUACGCAGAGUUUGUUUUACAAGGACAAAAUAGUUAUUCGGACAACUGUUUUGCAGUGCCAAAUCACACCUAAAAUUAUGAUAUCAGAAUUUCAAAGUGUCCUGAAAUUACUCAAGUUAUUUCAAUGCACAUAUUUAUUAUUAUUUUGACUAUCUGUUGGCUACACUGUAUUGAGAUGACACAGUUGAGUUUUCAACAUCUUUUUAAUACAAAUUAACAUAUAACAUUGUGCUUUGAUAUUCCAAAUAUUUUUCAGCAAUUGUUUUCAAAAUACAAAAUGUUUUUUCCA